AUGGGCAAUAAUUUGGAUACCGAUUUCCUGAGGGCUAAUCACUCGAUGGAAGAUCAGGACCAAGUCGGAAAUCAGGUGACAAUUGUACUUCUUUUGACUUGACUUUUUCAAAAAAGCAACACUUUGGUUUUUUUGAAAAUUUUUUUGAAGGUUUUAAAAACCCCUCCGACGGUCCCAAGGGUCGUAAAAAAAUUUUCCAAGAUUGAAGGAUCCUAACUACUUGGGAAUUCCAGAGUGGUCCCUAUAGGGGUUGAGGAAAAAAACAACCCCUACUUUAGACCCUAAAACUCAAGUAGACCCUAUAGGGUCUUUUAUUUUUCAUUCAAAAAGUGUUUUCACUAUAAAAAUUCUUUUUUGCUUGGAGUUCAUAACAAUUAUCGACUAGCUUGUCCCCUAUAGGGGUUACUAACUAAAACCCCUAUAGGGACCACUUUUCAAGCUUUAGGGAUCCCUAUAGGGGUCUUACAACUUCAUUUAAAAAACUAUCGCCGGCAGAAGGAUUUCUCCGGCUCGUUUUCCUAAUUUUUAAUCUAAAUAUGCAUUCCACUUCAGUUUUUGUUUUUUGAAAUUGUUUUUUUCAGAGAGACUUCGAGAGAGAAAAAGGCCAAGUGGGAUUUUUUUGCAAGAUUUGGGCUUUGAGGUAAGCUUGGUUUGUAAAAAAAAAUUACAUUUAAAAAAUUUAAACGUAGUAUCAUUUUCAACCUUUUUUUUCUGAUCACAAAUCUUCAGCGUUAAAAAAAGGUCUUGCGAAAUGUUAAGGGAUGUAGAGCUACUGUAGAUAUUUCUCAAGAUGCCGUACUUUUUGGGUUAACAAAGUCGAUUUUUCCCGCUUUUUGGUAUUUAGUUCUAAAAUUUCCGAUUUUCAGUGCCAGCCAGGACCGAGUUAUGAGUAUCCAACGAACACGGACCAUCACUCGGAAAAAGCGCAUGGAGCGGUGAGUUUCCUUAUUAGGAGGAACAAGAAAACAUUUAUCGAAAACUCGGUGAGAAAAAAAAAAUAAACGGUUUUGCGCGUCAGCAUUGUCGCGAGCUAGCUGCCGCUUAUUUUUCUUUCAAAAACUAUAAGAACUCCAGAGUGGUCCUUAUAGGGGUCUGGAGGAUAAACAACCCCUGGAGGGGUCGAAAAAGUGAUCUCUACAGGGUUAAAUUUAAGGUGGUCCCUAUAGGGGUUUAACGUCGGGCCCCCUAAAGCUCAAGUGGACUUUAUAGGGGUCACUUAAUUUAUUUUAGAAACGUUUAUUUAUUUAGUUUUUCUCAUGGAUACUUCUUCGCUUACAGUUCAUAACAAUUAUCGACUACCAUGUUCCCUAUAGAGACUACUAACUGAAAGCCAUAUAGGUACCACUUGUGCCUUAUAGGGGUUGGUAAAGUUGUCGCUUGAGGGGACCCUCCAAGGGCCUUUAAGAUUGCCCCUGUAGGGAACAGUCUGGUGUUCCUAAGUGUGCUACAAAACAUUAGGAUCACCUUCGGUUCAAACUUUUCUUCCACGUCUCAACUCUGAAUUUUUUUUUUGAAAUUUUCAGAAGGAUUUUGGGCGAAGCAAGAGAUGAUCAACCGCAUUUCGGACGCAGUAAUUCAGGAGGUGUCGACAGCAGGAAUAGGAAACGUGGUAUGCUAGAAAUCGACAGAAAAUUGAAUAAGUUAAAAGUAACUCGGACAGCAAUUGAUUAUAUGUUAAUUAGAAUAACCAUGAAAUCGACCGCGUGAAAGUAGCGCAUCUCUAAGCUUUUCAACAGUAACCCAAAGUGGUUAGAAGAGUUCCGAAAGUUGCAUCAGCUAUCGAUUGUUUCACAUUCAGCAUCGCAAUAACGAAAAACCGUGAAUAGAGCUACAGUAGGACAAAACGGAAGCCAUUUCUUGUCAUUUUUGACGUCAUAAUACCUGGAAAAAAACGCAUACGGUACUUUCACCAGCAUCGAAAAACCCCGCGCAAAAAAUGGAAAAAGCUCUCAUGUUAAAAAAAUGGAAAAAGCUACUGUAUAUAGAGCUUUUUUUGCGCACUUCGCAUUAAGACCUGUCGUUUUUUUCUUUUUCAAAAUGCCAUUUCAGAGAGAGAGCUAAGUGUGCAACCUCGUUUCGGUUGGAAAAACGAAAACUGCCGGAAGGUCCUGAUGGAAGUGAAGCAACAAGAAAGUAAAUUGAAGAAAUUGAAACUGUAUCGGCUUUUUUUCGAAAAACCCUUUGAUCAUAAUCUUUUUAAUGUCAAGCUACUAAAAAAACAACACUCAAUUGUUAUAAAAUGUUUGAAAAAUAAAAAUAAUUACUUCUGCGAUUUUCUGCUACCUUCAAAUCCUGUGUAUUUGCAAAUUGAAGCAAAUUUCUGCAAAAAAAUAGUUCAAGUCGAAGUGGAUCCAAAACAGUGAUUUUUUUAGUUCAAAUGAAAAAGAAGUAAAUGAGGAAACUUUUUUUCUUAACAAAGGAAUUUACCAUGGGGAUUUCUCUUUUUUUCCAAAGUAAACAUAAUUUUUUUAUAUCGUCACGGAAAUUUCUUUAAUUUUUUUGAACUUAAAAACCACUUUCCAUCCGGAAAAAAGUAUCGGUGAAUCAGAAAGAGCUAAAGUUAGGGAAUACGCAUUUCAAUGAAAUGUUUCUAUUUUCCAUUUUUUCAGUUCUCGUUUUCUCAACGAGUCUGCAAGAGUUGACUCACUUUCAAAAACCCUAACUACUGCUCUUCUUUCAAUUUCUUCCAAAGGUACGUUUCCAUAAACGAUAAACGGAGUUUCUUCCUUUGUCGGUUUUUUGGUCUGGCGGCUUUUGAGGCCUGGAGUACACAUAAGAACAGGCGCAUCGCCAUCUUUGCGCAAUAAACUUUUCGGGUCAAGACGCCAGAUGACAGGGUAGUUUACACUUUGCGAAACCCGUUUUUUGGGUACCUAGGUCUCCGAUUCCGGGUUGAACAAGGCCUUUGAGAUCGAGGUGCGCCCCGGGCGACUGAUUCGACGAAAAAAAAUACGCCAAUAACCGCCUUUGUCUGCUAUAUUUCAUUCAACAAGAAAUUAAAGAGAAAAAGACGUGAAACAUCGGAACAAAUUCAUGAAAAAUUGUAAAUGGACGAAGUUCUAUGAAAAAAACUGAACAUGCACAUUUAUUUUUACGUCGUGAAUACGCAAUUAUUUUUUUAAACUCGUAAUCAGUUUGAACAAGUAAUGGGCAAAAAUCAGAUCAGUUUACCGAGAACCAUAACCUAAAUGAGAGGUGAAAUCAAUAAAUUGUAUGAACUCUUCAGAGCUCUAACAUAAGGAAAAAAAAGUUAGAAACUAGCAAUUCAAUUAUUUCUGAGACCUCUACACUGCUUUUGAACCUUGCGUCAAUAAUAUCAAACUUUUUUUCUGCCAUUGCGAACUCAACACCUGCGAACCUGCGGAUAUCCACGCCUUUCGAUCAAUAUGUGUUUAUUUUAAUCUUGGAAUUUAUUUCACACGGCACUUUUUUGGACGACCCAUGCUCAUAUUUCUUUGUAAAAUGUAGUGUGUAGUGUGCAUGCACUGUGGCGCUCUCGCACAGGCAUGUAAACUUAGCGAGAAUGAAAAUUAUCUCUAUCUUUCCGAUAUUCAGUUAUAUCAUCCACUCUCUGGCGGCGGUUUGUAGUUUUGCGGAAUCAUUUUGAACACGGCAACAGAAAUAUAGCGUCUUUUCAAUCUGUGAGAUUGAUUCGUCUCAUGAACAAUUGAACUCACUUUGAAACUUUGAAAUUUUUAUUCAGUCUCCAGAGAAGUUACUCUACUGAGUCAUGGAAUCAUAGAAGAGUUGUUUUUCGCUUCGCGAAACUGUCGAUGAUCAAGAAGGGCGCGUAGAGCAAACUUUUUCUGUGAAAGUAGAGGAGUUUUGUGCGCCCCGACGGUUACUGCUUCUCCAUGUAGGAUCAGAACGGCUUUUUCUUCCACUAACCAAAACGUCUUCGUAAAAUUUAUAUCUGCAAUGUUUCUAUGAUUAGAAACCUGGAAGGGACCUUCAAAGUGCUUUGUAUUUCUCUAAGAACGUUACGGAGAGCGUAAAAAUAUGCCAAUUUGUAAUUACUUGAGCUGUUUCAGAGUAUACAUAAAACCCAUUUCUGGCUGUUACUCACUUAUUUUUUGUCCUAUAGAUAUUCCUAAUUUAAAAUUACUGAAAAAAAAAUUCAAAAACUCAUUUUUCACUGUGUCUGCAAAAGAUGUCGUCUAGAAAGAGUAUUCUCGCCUGUUGCCUUUCUGAUAAUAACUUGACCAUCUUAGAGGGAAACCGAGUUGUUACCGAUCUUUGUUCUGUCUUUUCAUACAAUUCUUUGGCUGAUUUUGAUAGAUUUUUAUUGCUCUUUAAUCACCUAAUAUGCUUCUCUCUUUUGUUUACGUGCCAUCCUUCAGAAACAUUUAGCUUGAAUCUACUGAUUUUUACAAUCCAAGCAUUUUCAAUGUUAUAUCCCUGACAUUUCUUUGAUAUUAAUUGUUUGCUCCUUUCCAGAAGAAAAAAAUUGAUUGUAAGCGCUCUAAUAUUUAUACCUUUUUAUAGAGCAUAAAAAAAUUUGAAGAAACCUAUGUAGUCUAUUCAACUCGAUUUGCUAGGCGAGACGGAGCAGUGUGCGAGACGCGUAUUUCACGAGUUUAUUUCAAGCGCCACUGACUAUUUGAAAAAAAGUCGAUCACCGCUUUUUUUGUAUCUUUCAUACUAUUUCCUAAUGUACAAGAGUAAUAAAUUGAUAAGGAAUAAAAAAAUAAUAAAUUAAAAAAAGCAAUGAACGAACUCUCCGAAUAGUCACUAGCGGUUGAAUUGAACUCUUGCCAAGAAUCGCGAACGUUACGCAUCCGGCGUCAUUCUUUGCCUCCUUUGUCGUUCGAGUCGGAAAAAGUUCAUGCCAUGUUCCAAGUAAUUCCGGCGAUUUCAAAUUAGACGCGUUAUUCGUUUAAAAUGGUUUCGGGAAAUAGGCACAUCCUGUACUCCGGGAAAACGCGGAAAAAAUGAGCCCUACAACGAUAUAUCCUUUGAUAUGCAUUUUUCCCGCAACUUUUGCGCGGGAAUUCAAAAUUUUGGAGUUAUAUGGGCAUUUUCUACACCAAUUUCGAAUUUGCGCGUAAAAAUUUCGUAUCUAACGAUAUACACUGCGUUCAAUAAGGAUGGGACCCCCUUCAAUUUUGGACUUUCUGGCAAAAUACGGAAAGAUAUCAAAAAUCUGUAAGUGCCGUUCGAUUCAGAGUACAAAAUAACCUCCAGAGCCAAACUUUCAUUAUCCUGGCACUCUUCCUACGAAAUUGCCAUCGAAAAAACGGUUUUUCGACCGUUCAAUAAGGAUAGGACCACCUGGAAUUUUGACUUUCAUUGGUAUUUUUUGGUCAAUUUCUCUUUUUGAUGAGUGGUUUUUUUUUUCAUAUCAUUUGUUUCCAAGUUUUCUACGGUUUUCCCUUCACCAGUUACAAGAUGGUGUAUCAUGACCGAAUUUCCGACUGUCGUCGUUUUCGACCGUUUUUCUUUCUGUAUGUGGUUGGAUUGGCGGUGUACCGUUUCUCAAAGAGUUUUUUUGAAGGUGAUUUCAUUCAAAGUACUGGGAAAAAAUCACUCGCUUAAAUAUUUUGAUGCAAACUCAAAAAACGUCAUUUUUUUCCCUAUUUUUCGAUAUAAAAAUAUUUUUUUAAACCUGGAAAAACAUGAAAGGAAAAACCGUAGAAAACUUGGAAACAAGUGAUAUGAGAACAAAAAAACCACUCAUCAAAAAAAGAAAUUGACAAAAAAAUAUCAAUGAAAAUCAAAAUUUCCAGGUGGUCCAAUCCUUAUUGAACGGUCGAAAAACCGUUUUUUCGAUGGUAUUUUCGUAGGGAAAGUGCUAGGAUAAUGAAAGUUUGGCUCUGGGGGUUAUAUUGUACUCUGAAUCGAAUGGCACUUACAAAUUUUUAAUAUCUUUCAGUAUUUUGCCAGAAAGUCCAAAAUUGAAGGGGGUCCCAUCCUUAUUGAACGCAGUGUAUCGUUGUGGGAUUCAAUUGUUUUUCUGCCCUUCUCAAAAUCUUUCAAACAAAUAACGCGUCUAUUUUGAAAUCGCCGAAAUCACUUUGAACAUUGAUAUACAAGGAAAGGUCGAAAACAGCAGAACUCGUUUUUCCACAUGGUGUUGUAAUUGAGUUAAAAACUUCAGCAGAAUGCUAAAAACAACAUUCUUCGAAGCUCCAGUAAUUUUCAGAAUGAUUGAACCCCUUACAAGAAAGUUUCGACCGAAACCCCGUUUUUUCGUAACUUCUCUGACGAUACAGCAUCAACUCUUACAACAGUUCCCUUUUGUUCGAAUUCAAAAAAAAGGCCAAUUUAUGUAACGCUGUCUUGCCUCAGCACCAAAAUCUGAUUAAAAAACUAAUUCUCAAAUUCAGUGAUCUUGGUCGGGAUGGUGAUAGCAUCACCUCGAUCGACGUUCGAAACUGUGCGUCUCUUCUUCCGGCGACCCAACCUCGCGAAAGGAAGAAAAACUAACGCGAAAGAGGACAUGGUGGUGAGUUGCCUCCUAAUCCUUACUUAUAGUAUAGAAAUGAAAAAGGAAAUGUUGAACUUAAUUAUACAUACAUCUCGGCAGACUGAAGUCCAUUCUCAGCUGAAAUAGAGCUUUUUUGAAUGUGAAUGAUGCGACGAAAAAAAAGUAAUUACUAAGAAAUAAAACUUUUAUUCCAUUUUCCAAUCAAAGAUACUCAUGUUGGCUUGGCAAAACUUUCUUUUUCUUAGUACAUUGUUCAUGCUGAAUUGAUAGACUUGGUCAUUGAAAAUAGGAUCUAUUUUCAGCGGAUAGACUGCAAGCAGAAGUCUACAGAAAGAGGCUGCUCUGCGAGGAAGAGCCCGACAGCGACAAAGUGUCGCGGUCGCGUGAACAGUCGGGGGCAUCGAACUCUCGAUGUCUCCGCGCUACGUGUUCUCGUCGGGCAAAGGACCUGACAGCGAUGUUCGUCGGGAUGGUGAUUCCUCACCAUUAA